ACAUCAAAGGAGAUCAAAGGAAAUAAUAAUGCCAGAACAGGAGAAGGAGCGUCAGAGUGACACGACAGUAGUAAGAAAGAGAGACAAGAACAUGGCUACUCAAAGUCAAGGCAUCAAGCAGCUCAUGGCUGCCGAGAAGGAAGCAGCUCAAGUGGUCAAUAACGCAAGAAAAAGAAAAGCUCAGCGACUCAAGGAAGCAAAGGAAGAGGCGGCCAAAGAGAUUGAAGAGUAUCGUAAAGAGAGAGAGGGCCGCUUCCAAGAGCAGCAGAGGACAUUCAUUGGGUCAAAGGAUGACUUCACGGCCAAAAUAGGGGAGGAAUCUGAGGACAAGUUACGUACAAUUGAGAUCGAAGUGAAGGAAAACAAAGAAGAAGUCAUCGGCCGACUUCUGGAGCUCAUCUAUGAUAUACAACCAGAACUGCAUAUAAAUGCUAAGAAUAUCUAGAUUGGACCAUUUUGUUUAGUGAAUGUGUGCUGUUAGUUUAUUGUAGCUUUGUUGUUUCAUCUAUAGUUUGUUGCAAUAAUUAUGUUGAAAAAAGUGAA